UGUUUUUAGCCUAAAGAUAAAACUCUGAUAAUCGUUGCUCAAAGCUCACUAGCAGAAAAGCUGCUGAAAAAAUUCAUGGAUUCAUUUGGGAAAAAUUGAGCUGACGUUAAUGAAGAAUGUGUUUCUCAGCAGCUUUGGCGCUUCCAUUACUUCCAAAUCUCGAGAAAAGUUCAGCAAAUUGUAUCUCAAAUUGUAGUCGAAAGGAUGAAGAUUCAAAUAAGGGUCAAUCGGUGAAACUGACAUUACCAGCUUAUAAAUGGCGAUUAGUUAUUGCUUACGACGGUACCAGAUUUUCAGGAUGGCAGUAUCAGCAGUCGACACCAACUGUACAGUGCAUUUUGGAAGAAGCUCUGACUAAAAAAACGAAAAUAAACCGUAAAGAACUUUGUGUAGUUGGUGCGAGCCGGACAGAUGCAGGAGUUCAUGCAUGGGGUCAGGUGGCACAUUUCAUUACACCUUUCAACUAUGAAACACUAGACGGCGUUCAUAGAGCUAUAAAUGGUCUUCUUCCUUCUGACAUCAGAGUUAGAGAAUUUAGCCCUGCAGGACCUGAGUUUCAUGCGCGUUUCUCUGUUACAAGCAAGAUAUAUUGCUACCAAGUAUAUAAUUCCACUAUCCUGGACCCAUUCUUGAGGCACUAUGCUUACCAUAGUGAGUAUAAACUCAAUGCUGAUGUCAUGAGAGAUGCCGCAAAGCAUUUCGUGGGGAAACAUGACUUUUCUGCCUUUGCCAAUACAUCACGAAAUGACCGGGUGCCAAAUCCAGUGAAGACGAUAUUGCGCUUUGAUGUUGUUGAAAAGGGACCUCUUUUGCGGCUAGAAGUUGAAGGUUCUGGUUUCCUAUAUAGACAAGUUCGGAACAUGGUCGCUUUGUUGCUUCAAGUUGGACGGCAAGCAGUUCCACCAGAUAUUGUUGUUAGGAUUUUGGAAUCUCGUGAUAGGAAGGAACUUGCUAAGUAUACCUUGUUACUUCCACCUCAUGGACUCAGUCUCGAGACUGUCAAGUAUAAUGAAGAACAUCUCAUACUUCCAACAGAUUCCCCAGCUAGUAGCUUUGGUAGGCACCAUAGUAUAAGCAAAUGUAAGGUGCUAUUCAUUUGACUAGCUGAGAAUCGAACAAAGAAGGAAUGCAGAAUGGGUUCUGCCCUUCUUUGAUAGAUACUCAUUCGUGAAAAGAAUUUUGCGCCAGUUAUAUGUAUCCGUUUUUUUCUUAAUGGUACUUUUUAUGGUUGCUGCAAAUAUUGAUGAAAACCAAGUCAAGAUUUCAGCACUUCCAGUCUUGGUAACUAUUGCUUGAAUGCAUGGCAAUAGACAAGAGUGCCAACCACUCAAUACUAUCUCGCGCUCUGCGUGCUCGUCUUGCAAUGCUUGGGGUCGUGUUAUCUGUGGUUGCUAUUAUUCCGUAGAUACAUCUGAACAAGCGUCGUGUCCUGGAUUAGGUGUGAUUUCCUGUUAUUGAGUUAAAAUUGCAUUUAUCUCUGAUCUUUUAUAGGUACAAUAGUGCACUUCCCUGCAAAUGGAAGUAUUAUCAUUUGGUGAUUGUCUUGUCUGUUGUUUUUGUAUCUGAAUUUUGUUUCUUGAAUAGCUUAACAAAGCUUGAAGCUUCUAUCACAGGAUCUGGCAUUUUAA